AUGAGGAGACUGUACCAGGUAGGGAAUAGAGGUCUGAAUAUGUCCACUCCUUCACUGAGCUCCAGCUUUUAUGUCACAGUGCCUGUCAUGUACUCAGUCAUCUGUGCCAUGGGGCUGACAGGCCAUGCCGCCAUCAUCUUUGUAAUCCUCAAAGCCCCAAAGAUGGAAACAGUCACCAACAUCUUCAUCCUUAACCUGGCCAUUGCUGAUGAGCUCUUUAACCUGGUGCUACCCAUCAAUAUUGCUGACUACCUGCUCCUGGAGUGGUCCUUUAGAGAGUUCAUGUGCAAACUCAUCAUCUCCGUAGACCAGUACGACCCCUUCUCCAGCAUCUGCUUCCUCACUGUCACAAGCACUGACCACUACCAGGUUGUGGCAGCCACCACAAUGUCCAGGAAGAUGUCCUACCAUGCCUAUUGAGCAGCCAAGGUUGUGAGCCUUUGCGUCUGGUCCUUAAUCACAGUCAUCAUCCUGCCCUUCACUGUCUUUGCUAGGAUUCACAAGGAGCAGGGGCACUCCCAGUGUGUCUUUGUAUUCCCCUACCCUGAAAGCAAGUGGCAGAAAGGCAGUCGGAUCUACAUCUUUAUUUUAGGCUUUGUCAUCCCCGUGUCCACCACCUGCAUCCUCUACAGCACCCUGCUGUGCAUAUUGAAACACAUACACUUCACUUGCAAUGCAAAAGCCCUGGACAAAGCCAAAAAAGAGGUGACACUGAUGGUGGUUUUCAUCCUGGCUGUGUGCCUGUUCUUCUGGAUGCCAUGUCACCUUAGCAUAGUGGUGGCCCUCACCACAGAUAUCCCAUAAACCCCACACACCAUUGGGAUAUCCUACUUCGUCACUAGCUUGAGUAGUUAUACCAACAGCUGCUUCAAUCCUUUUCUGUAUGCCUUUCUGGAUGACAGUUUCCAGAGAAGUUUUCACAAACAGAAAGAUUGUAGAACCGCUUCAUAA